AUGAAUUUUACAAAUACACUUGUUGAUGUUGCUCGUAAUCAUACUGCAUCAUAUGUCAGACUAACCUUAAAUAUUCAAUUAAAUUCUCGUUCAAUUAUAGCUCCUACUCCUCCUAAUUUACCAAUACACGCACAAAGACAGGUCAAUCAAAGAACAGUUGCACAACAACCUCAACAGCAAUCAACAAAUAAUAAUAAUGUUUCCAUACACCAACAAACUCAACCAUUGACAAUAUCUCAACCAAGCAUCAAACAAUUAAGACUUAAUGCUUCUACAUCAUUAGUGACACCUUCUUCAUCAGUUGCUCGAGUUAAUAAAAAAUUAGUCGUUUCUUGUAAUGAUGUAAUUAGAAAACUUGAUGCUCUUACAAACAAGAAACAUAAGCUUGAAAAAGAACAAGAAAAACAAGAAAAUAAAUCUUUUGAUUCACAUGAAAAUUUAAAUAAAAAAGGAAGGUCGGACAAUAAUAGUAUUGACUUGGAGUAUGAUAACCCACCUAAAGAUUAUGAUAAGGAACCAUCAUUUGAAGAACUCUUUAAAUCAAUAAGAAAGUUGGUUAAUACAAUGGAAGAUAUUAGUGAAGCAUCCAAGGAAACUGAAGAAAGUCAUAUUCCUUGUAGAAUGUAUGUGGAAAAUAGCUCUGAUCUUGAUUGUAUUAGCAGUGCCUUGUCAAAAUCUGCUUGA